AUGCCUGCCCCAACGUACGCCGCGAUCGGUGCGCUGGUGCUCUACGCCGUCGUAUGGGCUGUUGGCCUGAACGGUCUCCGAGUCGCUCGCUCCCGGUAUGGCAAGAGGCACACGGCGUCACGUCUUUCCGCACUCCCUGCCGCCUCGGUCCCCGGGGUGAGCGUGAUCCGUCCCCUCUGUGGUCUCGACACCAACAUGUACUCGACCCUCGAGAGUGUUAUGCGCCUCAACUAUCCAAACUACGAGGUCAUCUUUGCACUCCAGAACCCAAAGGACGAGGCGCUGCCGGUCGUGCAAAAGGUCAUGGCGCGCCACCCGCAUGUGCCGGCUCGGGUUGUGAUCAACUCUGCCAAGGUCGGCGUAAACCCCAAAGUCAACAACCUGAUGGAACCAUUCGCCCAGGCGUCGCAUGACAUCCUGUGGGUCCUUGACGCGACGGUCGCCAUCCUCCCCGAUGCACUGGGACACAUGGUCGACGCUUUCCUCAGUCGCCGGGGUGACGAGGAGAGCGCGUCCUUAAUCGCCGACAAUGAAAGAGCCUCGCCGUCGCGUGGCAUGGUCGGCCUGGUGCACCAGGUCCCCACCGCCGUCGUUUACCAGCCAACGUGGGGUAGCCUUAUUGAGCAGGCGUACCUGAACUCGACACAUGCCAAGAUGUACCUGAGCAUUAACAACGUCGCAAUCGAGUCGUGCGUCGUCGGCAAGUCGUGCAUGUACUCUCGCACAAACAUCAAUGCCCUCUCCUCACCCGCACCAUCCCUCGCCUCGCAAAAUGUCAAGGGCAUGGCAGGCUUCGGCCCCUUCAUGGCUGAGGACAACAUGAUCGCCCUCUCGCUCUGGCACGAGCUGGGCCUUAAACACGCCAUGACGGGAGACGUUGCGACUGACUUCCUCGGCGCCCUCACUGUUCGCGACUACUUUAUGCGCCGAGCACGCUGGAUCCGCGUACGCAAGAUGAUGACGUUGCCGGCGACGUCGAUGGAGCCACUCACCGAGUCGAUUGUUGCGAGCCUGUACGGCGCUUGGGCCGUGUAUUCCCUAUUCGGCGUUCCAAAGCUUCUCUUCUGGGUUCUGAGUAUGGGCGCAUGGCUCGCGACAGAUCUGGCCGUACGAAACGCACUGGCGACCAAUGUGCGCCAUGUUGGCCCACCCCAGCCUACAUGGCGCUUCAUGCUUGCAUGGGCGGCGCGGGAAUGUCUCGCCCUCCCGAUCUGGUUGUAUGCCAUGCUCGGCAGCCGUGUUGUGUGGCGCGGCAAAGCAUACCGCGUCCUCGCGUCUGGCGAGGCGAAGCGGCUCGACUGA